AUGCCUUUUCUUUUUCUUUCUUUCUUUUUCAUUCUUAGUCUCCUAUCUUCUAUCAUUCUUUUUCUCUCUAGGAUUAUCUCUUUUUUUCUCUACAGUUCUUUUCUAUUCACUAUCUGUCCUUUCUUUCUUUCUUUCUUUCUUUCUUUCUUCUUUCUUUCCUUUCUUUCUUUCUUUCUUUUUCUUACUUUCUUAACUUUUUUAUUCGCUAUGAUUUUUAUUUUAAUUUUCUUCUGCAAUACCAGUUUUUAUUUUAUCUCUUCCAUUUUCUUUCUUUCUUUCUUCUUUCCUUCUUUCUUUCUUUCUUUCUAUCUUUUUAUAUGCCUUUUCUUUUUCUUUCUUUCUUUCUUCUUUCUUAAAAUUACACCUUCUUUUUUCUUUCUUUCGAAAAUUCUUUCUUCUUUCUUUUUCUUUCUUUUCCCUAUGAUUUUUAUUUUAUUUUUCUUCUGCAUUACACCUUCUUUCUUUCUUUCUUUUCUUUUCUUUCUUUCUUUCUUUCUUUCUAUUCCCCAUGAUUUUUUAUUUUAUUUUUUUUUUAUUUUUCUUUUUCUUUUUUUUUUCUUUCUUUCUUUCUUUCUUUCUUUCUUUCUUUCUUUCUAUUCCCCAUGA